AAGUCGUAGGAAAUGCGUCCGCGGCGGGCGCCGCGAGCCGGCGGAAAAUGGCGGAGGGUGGUGUCCCGGAGCCAGAGGAGCAGGAGAGGAGGUCUUCUAGGCCACGGCCCCCGAGCGCGGGGGACUUACAGUUGGCCUUGGCAGAAUUAUAUGAAGAUGAAGUGAAAUGCAAAUCUUCCAAGUCUGAUAGACCUAAAGCUACAAUCUUUAAGAGCCCACGAACACCACCUCAACGCAGGCACAGAGAGCAGAGAGAGGAAGCAAGCACAUCAGUUGCCAGUUUUUAUUCAGGUGAACAUGAAUACAGUGGAUUACAUAUUGUUCGACCUUCAACUGGGAAAAUUGUGAAUGAGCUUUUCAGAGAGGCACGGGAACAUGGAGCUGUCCCUCUGAGUGAAGCCACAAGAUCUUCAAGUGAUGAAAAAUCCAAGUCAUUUACAGGUGGAGGAUACAGAUUGGGUAAUUCCUUUUGUAAGCGGUCUGAAUAUAUUUAUGGAGAAAAUCAGCUGCAAGAUGUUCAAAUUUUGCUUAAACUGUGGAGCAAUGGCUUCAGUUUAGAUGACGGAGAAUUGAGACCUUACAGUGACCCAACAAAUGCUCAGUUUUUGGAGUCUGUUAAGAGAGGAGAGAUUCCCCUGGAGCUUCAGCGACUGGUUCAUGGUGGCCAAGUAAAUUUGGAUAUGGAAGAUCAUCAGGAUCAAGAGUACAUAAAACCUAGACUGAGGUUCAAGGCUUUUAGUGGAGAAGGACAAAAACUUGGAAGCCUUACACCUGAAAUAGUCAGUACACCUUCCUCCCCAGAAGAAGAGGAUAAGUCAAUACUUAAUGCAGUUGUUCUUAUUGAUGAUUCAGUGCCAACUACAAAAAUUCAAAUCAGGUUAGCAGAUGGAAGUCGCUUGAUACAAAGAUUCAAUAGUACACACAGGAUCCUGGAUGUUCGGGACUUUAUUAUUCAGUCUCGUCCUGAAUUUGCAACUCUUGACUUCAUUCUGGUGACUUCAUUUCCAAAUAAAGUGUUGACAGAUGAAAGCCUGACAUUACAAGAAGCAGAUAUUCUUAACACUGUGAUACUCCAGCAACUAAAAUAAUAUUGCUGCAGUCUGUGCAGUAGCAUAUAGGAUUAGGUAAUGUGCCAUAUUAAUAAGAAAGAUACUUCCAGCAUAAAAACAACCAAAUUAUUUUUAUCAUUUCUACAGAUAAGUUUUGGUUUUAUUGUUAUUCUAUUUUCCAGUCUUUAGAUGAAUUUGAAUUAGGGAUAGAUCUUGAGUUUGUAGUAGCAGGGCUGGCUUCUGUUGAUGAUUUUUAAAUUCCUAGGCAAACCAGUUUGUUACAUGCCCAGUGUUAUUGUAGCAAUAUUUGUUUGCAGAGAAAAUGAACAAAAAACCCUUUUUGAUAAACACAUUGAUGAAAUUUGCACUAAAUUUUCUUGAUGCAGCAGUGACCAACAGCCAUUAAGAAUUCUUUUGAUAAAUAAGUUGAAAUUUUUUCUAUAAUAUAUACUGAAAGUAUCUGUAUUCUGAUUUUGAUCAUAUAAUUAUUUCUUCUGUUAGGGUUUUACACAUUCCAUUAGUUGACUGAUUCAGCUAUAUUGGUAGUAUCACAAAAUAUGAUUUGACCUUAUAUUUUGUAGAACUAUGACUACCAUAAAUUAUAGCCAAAAAUAUAUAAAAGUUAUGGUUCUUAAGAAGAUAUGGUAAACAGCACUUUAAAAUCAAGUAAUUAUAAUCUCUCCCAGAGCCUGACUUGAUCAUGUUCAUUUAUUCAACAGAUAUUUCUAGGGGAUCAAUUAUAUAUUAAACACUGUUGUAAGUGCUCAAUCCGUAAUGUAUUCUACUCCAGAAGAAAACUACCAUAGAAGUACAGGAAUAUAAAUUCCGUUAUAUAGACUGAAUCUAAAGAAUUACCAGCAUAAAUGUUUGACAUUUCUGCUGAAGCCAAGUAUUUCCUAAAUGGGGAAGGCUACAUCAGGAAUGAGGGAAAAGCUUUUCUUUUUCCCAGAUGCCACUUCACCUUUGAGUAUUACUUCUGGUUAGUUUUGUAUUGCUGCCAUAAUAAAUCAUAAAAUUUAUAACUUAAAAUAACACAGAUUUGUUAUAAUUUUAUAGGUUAAAAGUUCCGCAUGGUCAUAUUGUGUUGGAAUUAAGGUGUUGGCAGGGCUGCAUUCCUUUUAGGAGAUACUAGAAGCAAAUAAUUUCCUUGCCCUUCCAACCUCUAGAGUCCACCUGCAUUCCUUGACUUGUGGUCCCUUUUGCCAUUUUAUAUACCAGCACCAUUGCAUCUCUCUUGACAACAGCCAGUAACAGUUCUCUGAUUUUAAGGACUUUUGUGAUUAGACUGGGUCAGCCAGAUAACCUGAAAUAAUAUCCCCAUUUUAUUAACCAUAGUAAUCUUAAUCAUAUCUACAAAAUUCCCUUUACCAUUUAAGUUCACAGGUUUGGGAAUUAAGACGUGAACAUGGAGUAGGCAGGUUGGUAUUAUGCCUGUCUGAAAAAUUCAUAUCCAUUCCAUGUAAAUUCUCCCCAUCCAAAGGUGCUCAAAAGUUUCAACCUAUUAAAACAUCAACUCAAGAGUCCACAAUCUUACCUGAGUAUCACCAGCUCAAAACCCAAGUUUCAUUUAAAUCAUCUAGGUUAAAUAUAGGAGACGAUCUAGGUAUGAUUCCUAGGCCAUAAUUCCUUUCCAUCUUUAAACCAAGAAAUUAUCUGCUCUGAAAUAUAAUGGCAGGGCAGCUAUAGAAUAACCAUUAAACUAAACUUCUGUUCAGAAAGCAAGCAGCGGAGUGAAGAAAGGAGCCACUGGUGCCAACAAUUUACAAAUCCUUCCAGGCACAAUCCAUCAGGUUUCUUGGCCUGGGAUUAAUCUAUGACUCACAGCUUAGUCCUCUAGGCUUGUGACUCCAUCUCAUCAUCCUUCCUUUUCUCCAAAAGUAGAACAUGUUUGCAGCUCAGUAGUUUUAUCACCCUGUUUCUUCCUUCUUUCAUGUUGUAUUAUAUACCUUUCAGAUAGCAUACUUUCUGAUUGGUAUAACAUUGUCAAAAAAAAAAACAAAAAAAAACUUGUGGGUCUCCUGCAUUUGUUAUGAGACUUCAUUACAUUGGAUAGGAGACUCUUCCACAUAUCUUCCUAAAUAGUCUCAUCUUUAUUUUUAGCUUUUUCUGAAAUAGCUGAAAUCUGAGAGUCACACCCUUAAUAUCUUCAGAGAGCCUUUUGUGUGACUGAAUACUCAUCUCUUGAUUUUUCUGGAGUAUUAGCAAAACAUUGUACAGCCACAUCCUUAUCUUUCUGUAGAGCAGGAUUUCCUGACAAUGACUCACUUAAUUUUAGUGUCUUGCCAUUAGGGUAGGCUGAGAAUUUCCUAAGUCAUCAAGUUCUGGAUUCUUUGUGUUUAUUAGUUCUUCCCUCAAUCUAUCCAUCUACGUUUACAUUUGAUUACAAUCAGCAAGAAGAAAGCAGAUCAGACUUUCUACAGUUUGCUUAGAAAUAACUAAAUAUUUAAGUUUAUAAUUUAUGAAUUAUUUCUCCUAAUAAUCUAUUCACGAUCUAUUCAGCUAUUCUCCAUGGUAAUUAGGUAUUCUCUACCAAGCUCCUUAACUUCCUUUCAGCCCUCCUUCUCAUUAACUUCUGCAAACAAUCUGUUUAAGGCAAGAGAGGUUCUUAUUGUCAUGCUCUUCAAAAUCCUUCCAGCCUCUAACCACUGCUUAAUUCUAAAGCCAUUUCUACCUUUUUGGUGUUUGUUACCCGAUACCAAAAAGCAUUCCACUUUCAGGUAUUUACACACUGCCAGUUGACUUGAAUGUGUUUCUGGGAGAUUUGGAAAUCACCUUUCCCUAGGAUCACUGGUUAUUUCAAGGAAUGAGCUAGGUAGGGGUUUUAAUCUUGGGAGUGCUACUAGAACUACUACAGAAUCAAAGUAUUGAUCUCGCCACUUCAGAGAAUUUUUCUCAGUGUCAUAAAGAGGAAAAAGAUUCUUCCUAAGUCUUCCCUGUCACAAUGGGAAACCAUGUUUCUUUCCACUUAUUAAAAACAACAUGAGGGGCUGGGAAUAUAGCUCAUUUGGUAGAGUGCUUGCCUUAUAUGCCCAAAGCCCUGGGUUCAAUUCCGGGUCCACCAAAAAAAAAAAAAAAAAAAA